AUGGCCAGCACCCAAGAUGUGAAGAAGGAAGUUGUUAUCCUGCCACCGGAGACUUGCUUAUUGGCAGAGAGAAGAAACUUCAUACAGAUUCGACAUGUGGUCUCAAGGUACAUGAACAAUACUACAUUCCCUGGUAUUAAGACUGGACCUGUGAAGAAACUUGAUGACGUUAUUUGCGAAUCAAGAUACUCUGACGUAGCACCUUCGACUGGAGGAGAGGUGAUUUUCCAAGUGUUGCCCACAUCAAUCAGUAUUGGAAAUCCAUACAGUUCUGAAGUUCAAGAUUUGCUGAAAUUGACCAAUUUGAGAAUAAAUUUCACUAAACUUCACACUUUAGGUGAUGUCCUGCUUCAUGAUCAAGGUGAUACGAAGAAGAAAUAUUAUUAUGCUAUGUAUGACAUGACAGUCCGAGGAAGUUGUUCCUGUUAUGGUCAUGCUUCUCGUUGUACACCACUCCACCCAGAAGGCACGGGCAACAUUCCCAGAGAUAUGGUCCAUGGAAAAUGUGAAUGUGCCCACAGAACAACUGGCUUCAACUGUGACAAAUGUCAAGAUUUCUACAAUGAUCUUCCAUGGCGACCAGCUCGGGAGAGACAACCAAAUGCUUGCAAAAUAUGUAAUUGUAAUAACCAUGCUACGAAAUGUCAUUUUGAUCCUGCGGUUUAUGAACAAACUGGCCGCGUGAGUGGAGGUGUUUGUGAUGAUUGCCAGCAUAAUACAAUGGGAAGGAACUGUCAGUUCUGCAAACCUUUCUUCUAUCAGGAUCCAAACAGAAGAAUGACUGACCCAGAUGUUUGCCAACAUUGUAACUGUGACCCGUCAGGAUCUCUGCGCCAGGGAGAAUGUCACAGCCAUACAAGCAAAGAUGGCCGUUAUAUAGCUGGUACUUGUGACUGCAAGCGUUAUGUUAAUGGAAGACGAUGUGACACCUGCCAGAAUGGUUACUGGAAUCUUAAAUCGGACAAUCCACAUGGUUGUGAAGCCUGCAUUUGUAAUGUUCUUGGGACAAGUCCUGGUAACAGCUGCAGUAAGAUAACUGGAGACUGCAUCUGCAAACGUUAUGUAACAGGCAAACAAUGUGACCAAUGCUUUCCUGGCUAUUGGGGUUUGAGUUCCGACAUCAAUGGAUGCAAACCAUGUGAUUGUGACAUUGGUGGCUCCUUGGGAGAAACAUGUGAUCAAAGCAAUGGCCAGUGUCAAUGUCGACCACACAUUUAUGGCCGAAAGUGUGACCGCCCCAUGCCUCUUUAUUUUAUUCCUGGACUGGAUUCGUUCUUGUUUGAAGCAGAAUUUGGACGUGGUCUGAAGAAUGCUCGUGUGGACAUCCAUGAACGUGGACCAGAUGAAGUUGUUACUUGGACUGGACCUGGUUUCAUGAAGGUCAUGGAAGGUGAUUCUAUUGACUUCACAGUAACAAAUCUAACUGCCUCAAUGGAGUACGACAUUGUGAUCAGAUACAACCCACUGAUGCCUGACCGGUGGGAAGAUGUCAGAGUUCUCAUUGACAGACCAGGACCAGUUGAUCCUCAUGGACCUUGUGCUAACAGCAUUCCCCAGGAUGGCUACAAAGCUACAAGUUUACCACCAGGUUCUUAUUAUGCUGUUGUGAAGCCACCAUCAUGCCUUUUUUAUAAAAUGCAGGCCAUUGUUCUUAUACCAAACACAGACAGCAUCCCAAUUUUCCAAGGUCCACAGUUGCCUCAAUUCUUGAAGAAUAAUUAUAUCCGAUACAGAUGUGCUGAGAGCCAGUAUCCUGCUGUUCAAUCUAAAGUUAUUGAUAUCUGUAAACGUCUCUUCUUCAGUAUUUCUUCAGUCUUACACCUGCAAGCUAUUAACUGUGAUUGCGAUCCAACUGGCUCUGAGAGUUCUGAAUGUGAUGUUUAUGGAGGCCAUUGCAAAUGCAAAGAGAAUGUCAUUGGUCGUAGAUGUGAACAGUGUGCACCUGGAACAUACAAUUUUGGACCUACAGGAUGUUCACCUUGUAAUUGUGACGCAGCUGGUUCGCGUGACAACUUCUGUGAGCCUGAUUAUGGCCGCUGUCUGUGUAUUCCAAAUGUUGAAGGCAGAGCUUGUGACCGAUGUGAGGAAGGAUACUGGGGCUUCCCUCGUUGUAGAAAAUGUGAGUGUAACAAUAUGGCCGACACCUGUGACAACCUUAAUGGACAUUGUAUUGGUUGUAGAGAUUUCACAUCUGGCCCGUACUGUGACAGGUGUACAACUGGUUAUUACCAAGAUCCACGUGUAACUGGACGCAUUGCUUGUCAGCCGUGUUUCUGUCCUGAUGGUCCAGGCAAGGAUAAUCAACGUGCAGAUACCUGUUCAUUUGACCUCCAAAAACGAACUGCUAUUUGCCACUGCCAUUUGGGCUAUGCUGGCAACAACUGUGACAGGUGUGCUGAGAACUAUUUUGGUGACCCCGUAGCAGGUACCUGUAAACAAUGUGACUGUAAUGGAAACAUUGAUUACCUUGUACCUGGAAGUUGUGAUACUAACACUGGUGAAUGUAUCAAGUGUCGUUAUAACACCGAUGGCUUCAACUGUGAACACUGCAAACCUGGAUAUUAUGGGGAUGCUACACAGCAAAACUGUAAAGCAAUAUGUGCUGGUCGUGGUCGUACUUGUGGUGAUUGUGAAGAUUACUACUGGGGAGAUCCUUCUGUCCAGUGUUAUCCUUGCAACUGCACUCGUGUCGGCUCUUUAUCAACUCAGUGUGACCGUCGAACUGGUCAGUGUACUUGUGUCCCUGGAGUUGCAGGACAUAAUUGUGAUCGCUGUGCCCGGGGAACUACAGGCACUCUCCCUAACUGCAAACCUUGUGGUGAAUGUUUUGCUAACUGGGACAAAGAAGUCCAAGACCUUAGCGUCCAUACUCGGGAUAUUGUAAACAAAGUUACGAACAUCACUGUCACUGGAGCAGCUGGUGCAUUUGAGAAAGAGUUUAACAUAAUGAAGGAAAAUAUUGAUGAAGUUCGUCAGAUCAUUGAAGCUGUUGGAGGUUCAUCUGAGAACGUGAAGCAAUUGUCUGAAAUGCUGGAAAACAUCAAGAGGAAUUUGACCACAAAUUCUCGGCUGGUAACCAACACUGAAAAGAAUUUAGAGAAUACAUCCAGUGAUGUCCUCACUUACAGGAAUAAAUUGGCAGCCCUUCAGCUGCGAAUUGGAGAACUAAGAGAAGAAGCUGAAAGACUGAACAAAAGUGCUCAAAGCAUAAAAGAAAGAGACUUUGAAGGUGCUUACAAUAUCACUCAAGAAGCUAAGGAAAAAUCUGAGAUGGCAAAGAAUUUGGUUACUCACAUUUAA